AUAUAUAAUAUAUAUUCAUGACCUUACACAAAACAGUGAAACACAACAAACCUCGGUUACGAGGUUGUUUUCGUCAUUGACUGAAGGUUUCCUUCGACGAUAAGCGCCCAAAUUCGUUCCCCAGCCUGCGCUACCCGUCACUCUCUCUUUCGUUUAACAUUGGCCCCAAAUUCUAGGGUUUGCGUUGCAGAUACCAUCCGCGAUGUCUCAGAACGGCAAGCUGAUGCCCAAUCUGGACCAGCAGAGCACCAAGCAUCUCAACCUUACUGUUCUGCAGCGAAUCGAUCCCUUCGUCGAGGAAAUUCUCUUCACUGCUGCUCAUGUCACCUUCUACGAGUUCAACAUCGACCACAGCCAAUGGAGCCGCAAGGACGUUGAGGGAUCUCUUUUUGUUGUUAAGAGGAAUACUCAGCCGCGAUUUCAGUUUAUAGUGAUGAAUCGUCGCAAUACUGAAAAUUUGGUGGAGAAUCUCCUCGGAGAUUUCGAGUAUGAAGUUCAGAUUCCAUAUCUGCUUUAUAGGAACGCUGCUCAAGAAGUAAAUGGCAUCUGGUUCUAUAAUGCACGUGAAUGUGAAGAGGUUGCAAAUCUUUUUAACAGGAUCCUUAAUGCCUACUCCAAGGUGCCUCAAAAGUCAAAGGUGUCUUCAACAAAGAGUGAGUUUGAGGAGCUGGAGGCAGUGCCAACUAUGGCAGUUAUGGACGGUCCUCUGGAGCCAUCAUCAUCAUCUAAUUCAAAUCUGGUUGAUGUUCCUGAUGAUCCUUCCUUUGUGAACUUCUUCAGUACAGCUAUGACCAUUGGGAAUUCCACCAGUGCUCCAAUCACUGGACAACCUUACCAGUCUUCUCAUCCGAUUCCUUCUCUUUCCGUGCCAACAAAUGCUGCUACACCCACUGUGCCAACCUUGCUGUCCUUGCAGAUACCUGCUCUAUCAGCAGCUACACCUCUAAUGCCCCUCCACACCACUCCUGAAGCUGGUGGCAGCAACAACCUAGCCACAAAUCUUGUGAAGCCGUCUUCCUUUUUUGUUCCUCCCCCUUCAUCUUCAACAUUGAUGGCCCCUUCUACUCCUUCAUCCACUCCAGCAGCCCCCCCACUUCAUUCUGCUGUUAGCAUACAACGCCCACUUGGUACUCCCCUGCUACAACCAUUUCCACCUCCAAAUCCUCCGCCAUCUCUUACUCCUGCUUCUGCUCCUCCUCCGAACUAUGGUCCGGUGAUUACCAGGGAAAAGGUCCGAGAUGCACUUCUAGUGCUUGUUCAGGACAAUCAAUUCAUUGAUAUGGUCUAUAGAGCGCUGCUGAAUGCUCACCAAUCAUGACUUUCAAGAGCUGUCAAGUCAUCAACUUGCUAGAGGCAUUGUUUAUGGUACUUCACAUUUACUGUUAUUUUUAGGCCAGGUCUUGAUCAUUAUGUAUAAGCUUUUCAGUAAAGUAUCCCAAUAUGUAACAUUGGUUGUACAAGCUGGUGAUGGCCAUCCGGCUCUCGCUAGUUUUUUGAAAUGUCGCCAUAUUUUUAUGAGACCGACGUGGCGUAUUGUAUCAAAAAGAUUACAAGAGUAUAUAUACAUAUAUCAAAAGCUUAUGGGUUGAA